AUGGCUACCGCAAAUAUCACCAGUACAACUACACCUACAACGACCCGAUCCCAUCCCCUCCUAAACCUCAACCCGGACGAAAUCCGCACAGCAUCACGUAUCAUUUCUCGAGUUGUUCAUGAAAAGAGAGGAUCAAAAUGCUCGAUUCGAUUCAAGAGCAUUUCACUCCUCGUAGAGGCUGUCAAGAAACUACACCUCCCUGAAGACGUCGUGGUUCAAUGCGAUACUUGGCCCUACGGUUCAGACAAGUUCUCCGAUCUUGACACUCCCAAGUAUUCGCAACUUUAUCUAUUCCAGAACAAGAUCGUGCGCAUGGACACUCUCGCAUCUGGCGGAGCGGAAGAUGGGCUGAAGUAUGGAACCGCUCCUCCUGAAACGCCUAUGGCGCAUUGUGUGGAACAUGAGUAUCUUCCUGAUCUGUUGAAGAAGCCUGUCGGAAAGGAUCUGAAGCCGUUACAUGUUGUGCAACCUGAAGGUGCAAGCUUUACCGUGACGAAUGAGAAUCUCGUCCAGUGGCAGAAAUGGCGGUUCCGUGUUGGUUUCAAUUAUCGAGAGGGAGUGACCAUUCAUUCAUAA